AUGAAGGCCGAAAUCGAACAGGAGCUUUCACACGUCCUUUUGACCGAACUUCUCGCAUACCAGUUCGCCUCGCCCGUGCGCUGGAUCGAGACCCAGGAUGUGUUUUUGAAAGACCACAAUACUGAAAGAGUCGUGGAGAUCGGUCCUUCUCCAACCUUGGCUGGCAUGGCCUCCAGAACAAUUAAAGCCAAAUACGAGUCCUACGACGCCGCUCUUUCCUUGCAGCGUCAGGUUUUGUGUUACGCCAAGGACCCCAAGGAGAUCUACUAUACCCCAGACCCACCAGCAGAGGAGCCCCAGGAGACCAAAGAAGAACCAGUUUCUGCUCCAGCUGCUACCCCAGCUGCUCCAGCCGCUGCUGCUGCUCCAGCGCCAGCUCCAGCCGCCGGACCAGUGGAAUCCAUUCCAGAUGAGCCCGUCAAGGCCUCGCUUCUUCUCCAUGUGUUGGUGGCUCAGAAGCUCAAGAAACCAUUGGACGCCGUGCCCAUGGCUAAACCAAUCAAAGACCUCGUCAACGGUAAAUCGACAGUGCAAAAUGAGAUUUUGGGUGAUUUGGGCAAGGAGUUCGGCUCCACCCCAGACAAGCCCGAGGACACUCCCUUGGAGGAGUUGGCUGAACAGUUCCAGGAUACGUUUUCCGGCUCCUUGGGCAAAACGUCCACUUCGCUUAUUGGCCGUUUGAUGUCGUCGAAAAUGCCCGGUGGAUUCUCCAUCACCAACGCCAGAAAGUACUUGGAGUCCCGCUACGGCCUUGGCUCUGGAAGACAGGAUUCUGUGCUUUUGAUGUGUUUGACCAACGAACCUGCUGCUCGUUUGGGCAGUGAUGCCGAGGCCAAGGAGUUCUUGGACCUGGUUGCUCAGAAAUACGCUUCCCGUGCUGGAAUUUCCCUCACAUCUGCCUCUUCUGGAGGUGCCGCUGCUUCUGGCGGUGCAGUUAUCGAUUCUGCUGCUUUGGACGCCAUGUCUGCUGAAAACAAGGCUCUUGCUAAACAACAGCUUGAAGUUUUGGCCCGCUACCUCCAGGUCGACCUCAACAAGGGCGCCAAAUCGUUUAUCAAGGAGAAGGAAGCCGGUAUCAUCCUACAGAAGGAGCUCGACUUGUGGGAAGCCGAACACGGCGAAUACUACGCUAAAGGUAUCCAGCCGAUUUUCUCCAACCUCAAAGCCAGAACGUACGACUCGUACUGGAACUGGGCCCGUCAGGAUGUGUUGCUGAUGUGGUUUGACAUCAUUUUCGGUAAGUUGACCUCUGUGGACAGAGAGACCAUCAGCCAGUGUAUCCAGAUCAUGAACAGAGCUUCCCCUACGUUGAUCAAGUUCAUGCAAUACCACAUUGACCACACGCCAGAGUACAAGGGUGAAACAUACCAAUUGGCCAAGAGACUCGGUCAGCAGUUGGUGGACAACUGUAAGCAGGUUUUGGAUGUGGAUCCCGUUUACAAGGACGUUUCCAGAAUCACCGGACCCAAGACCACCGUUGACGCCAAGGGCAAGAUCGUCUACAACGAGGUCAACAAGGAGUCUGUUCGUAAGUUCGAGCAGUACGUCUAUGAGAUGGCUCAAGGUGGAAAAUUGACCAAGAGAGACGCCCAGCCCACGAUCCAGGAGGAUUUGGCCAGAGUGUACAAGGCCAUGACCAAGCAGGCGUCCGUUUCCAAGUCCACCAAGCUCGAGCUCGAGAAGUUGUACAAGCAAUUGACCGACUUCAUGGACCAGUCCAAGGAGAUUGAAACUGCCCAGGUGACCAAGGAUGCUUUGAGCCGCCGUUCUGGAACCGAGACUCCUACUGACGAGGACGAGACGGCUUCCAGCGACGACGAAAUCGCCUCUUUGCCUGACAAGACCUCCAUUUUGCAGCCAGUCUCCUCCACCAUUCCUUCCCAGACCGUUCCAUUUUUGCACUUGCAGAGAAAGACCAAGCAGGGCUGGGAAUACGACCCCAAGUUGUCCUCGAUGUACUUGGACGGUUUGGAGAGCGGUGCCGUCAACGGUUUGACUUUCAAGGACAGAUACGUUUUGGUCACUGGAGCUGGUGCCGGAUCUAUUGGUGCUGAGAUCUUGCAAGGCUUGAUUUCCGGUGGUGCCAAGGUUAUCGUCACCACUUCCAGAUUCUCCAAGAAGGUCACCGAGUACUACCAGGCCAUGUACUCCCGCUACGGUGCCUCCGGGUCCACCUUGAUUGUGGUUCCUUUCAACCAGGGCUCCAAGCAGGAUGUGGAUGCUCUUGUGGACUACAUCUACGACGCCAAGAACGGUUUGGGCUGGGACUUGGACGCCAUCAUUCCAUUUGCAGCCAUUCCUGAGAACGGCAAUGGUUUGGACAACAUCGACUCCAAGAGUGAGUUGGCCCACAGAAUCAUGUUGACCAACUUGUUGCGUCUUUUGGGUGCCGUCAAGGCCAAGAAGACCACCGACACCCGUCCCGCCCAGGUUGUGUUGCCCUUGUCGCCUAACCACGGUACCUUUGGUUUCGACGGUCUCUACUCCGAGUCCAAGAUCUCGUUGGAGACAUUGUUCAACAGAUGGUACUCUGAGGACUGGUCCACCAAGCUCACCAUUUGCGGUGCCAUUAUCGGCUGGACCAGAGGAACUGGUCUCAUGAGCGCCAACAACAUCAUUGCCGAAGGUAUCGAGAAGAUGGGUGUGAGAACCUUCUCCCAGAAGGAGAUGGCCUUCAACAUCUUGGGUUUGUUGACCCCACAGGUGGUCAACUUGUGCCAGGAGCAGCCUGUCAUGGCCGACUUGAACGGUGGACUCCAGUUUAUCGAGAACCUCAAGGAGUUCACCUCCAAGUUGAGAACCGACUUGGUGGAGGAUGCAGAUGUGCGUAGAGCUGUUUCCAUCGAGCAGGCCAUUGAACAGAAGGUUGUUCACGGUGACGCUGUGGAUGCUCUCAACUCCAAGGUGACCGUCCAGCCUCGUGCCAACAUGACCUUCAGCUUCCCUGACAUGAAGAGCCACGAAGAGGUCAAGAAGGUCGCUCCUGAGUUGGAGGGCAUGUUGGAUCUCGAGCUGUUGAUUGUGGUGACUGGUUUUGCCGAAGUCGGUCCAUGGGGUAACUCCAGAACCCGUUGGGAGAUGGAGGCCAAGGGCGAGUUCUCUUUGGAAGGGUGCAUUGAGAUGGCCUGGAUUAUGGGCUUGAUCAAGUACCACAACGGUCCACUUAAGGGCAAGCCUUACGCUGGAUGGGUUGACGCUAAGACCCAGCAGCCUGUUGACGACAAGGACGUCAAGGCCAAGUACGAGGAGCAGAUCUUGGAGCACUCUGGUAUCCGUCUUAUUGAGCCUGAGUUGUUUGCGGGCUACGAUCCAGAGAAGAAGCAGAUGAUCCAGGAGGUGGUUGUUCAGCACGACAUGGAGCCAUUCGAGGCUUCUAAGGAGACCGCUGAGCAGUACAAGCACCAGCACGGCGACAAGUGUGAGAUCUUUGAGAUUGAAGAGACUGGCGAGUACACGGUGAGAAUCUUGAGCGGUGCUACUUUGUACGUGCCAAAGGCGCUUAGAUUCGACCGUUUGGUUGCUGGCCAGAUUCCAACCGGUUGGGAUGCCAGAAACUACGGUAUUCCAGAGGACACCAUUUCCCAGGUGGACCCCAUCACCUUGUAUGUGCUUGUUUCGACCGUGGAGGCCCUCUUGUCUGCUGGUAUCACCGACCCCUACGAGUUCUACAAGUACGUCCACGUUUCUGAGGUCGGUAACUGUUCUGGUUCCGGUAUGGGUGGUGUUUCUGCUCUUAGAGGCAUGUUCAAGGACCGCUACAAGGAUGCACCAGUGCAGAACGACAUUCUCCAGGAAUCCUUUAUCAACACCAUGUCUGCUUGGGUGAAUAUGUUGUUGCUUUCUUCUUCCGGUCCUAUCAAGACGCCCGUCGGUGCCUGUGCUACCGCUGUGGAGUCGGUGGAUACCGGUAUCGAGACCAUCCAGUCUGGUAAGGCCAAGGUGUGUAUUGUUGGAGGCUACGACGAUUUCCAGGAGGAAGGCUCAUACGAAUUCGCCAACAUGAACGCUACUUCAAACGCCGUGGACGAAUUUGCCCACGGCAGAACCCCAUCGGAAAUGUCCAGACCAGCCACCACCACCAGAAACGGUUUCAUGGAGGCCCAGGGCUCGGGUAUCCAGGUGAUCAUGACCGCCGACUUGGCCAUCAAGAUGGGUGUUCCUAUCUACGCCGUUUUGGCCAUGACCGCCACCGCUACCGACAAGAUUGGCCGUUCUGUUCCUGCUCCAGGUAAGGGUAUCUUGACCACCGCCAGAGAGCACCACGGCUCGUUGAAGUACCCAUCUGCCAUGAUGAACAUCAAGUACAGAAACCGCCAGUUGAAGCAGAGAUUGGCCCAGAUCGCCGCCUGGGAGGAGUCUGAAAUCGACUUUUUGGGUGACGAGGCCGAGUUGGCUAGAGAGGACUUUGGUGCUGAGUUUUCCAUCGAAGACUUCACCAGAGAGAGAGCCGAGGAGAUCCGCCGUGAAGCCGCCAGACAGGUUGCUGACGCUAAGAAGCAGUGGGGUAACAACUUCUACAAGGCCGACCCUCGUAUUGCUCCAUUGAGAGGAGCCUUGGCUACUUUUGGCUUGACCAUCGACGACUUGGGUGUGGCUUCCUUCCACGGUACCUCCACCAAGGCCAACGACAAGAACGAGAGUGCCACCAUCAACGAAAUGAUGAAGCACUUGGGCAGAGCCGAAGGAAACCCAGUGUUUGGUGUUUUCCAGAAGUACUUGACCGGUCACCCCAAGGGUGCUGCUGGAGCGUGGAUGUUGAACGGAGCCAUCCAGAUUUUGAACUCGGGUAUUGUGCCUGGUAACAGAAACGCCGACAAUGUCGACAAAUUGUUGCAGGACUUUGAGUACGUCUUGUACCCACUGAGAUCCAUCCAGACCGACGGCAUCAAGGCUGUUUCGGUCACUUCCUUCGGUUUCGGCCAGAAGGGUGCCCAGGCCAUUGUCGUCCACCCAGACUACCUCUACGCUGUGUUGGACAAGAACACCUACAACGACUAUGCCUCCAGAGUCACUGCCAGAAACAAGAGAGCCUACAGGUACAUGCACAAUGCCAUCACCAGAAACUCCAUGUUCAAGGCCAAGGACAAGGCGCCAUAUGGCGACGACUUGGAGCAGCCUGUGUACUUGGACCCAUUGGCUAGAGUUGAGGAGAGCAAGACCGGCCUUGUUUUUUCCAAGAAGGGCGUCCAGGCUGAAAAGGCCUAUGUUUCCGCCAACUCCGAGGCUACCGCCAAGGCAUUGGCCACUUUGAACAACGGCUCCAAGGGCGUUGGUGUUGAUGUUGAGUUGCUUUCGGAGUUGAACCUCGAGAAUGAGACUUUUAUCGAGAGAAACUUCACCGAAGCAGAGAUUGCCUACGCCAACAAGGCCGCUCAUCCCAAGGCCAGCUUCACUGGCACCUGGUCUGCCAAGGAGGCUGUUUUCAAGGCCUUGGGCGUCAAGUCCCAGGGUGCUGGUGCAGCCUUGAAGGACAUUGAGAUUGUGAGAGGCUCCAACGGUGCUCCUCAGGUUGUUUUGUCUGGAGAGGCCAAGAAGGCUGCUGCUGCUGCGGGCGUGAAGAAUGUGAAUGUUUCUAUUUCUCACGAUGACUUCCAGGCCACCGCCGUUGCCCUCAGCGAGUUCUAG